AUAAUCCCGCCUCCGUGUCUGACUUUUGAUUUUGGGUCCAUAGCUAUUCACAAAAGGCGACGCAGACAAACAAACAGUCUCUCUCUCUCUCUCUCUCUCUCUCUCUCUCUAAACGGAAUCGGCGAAAGGUUCCGUUGGGACACGAUGGCGGCGACCGUCCAUCGGAGUAUAUGGGACGGCGUAACAGAACUGACCAAGUCGGCUCAAGAAAGGGGCGGCGACCCCUUGGCGUGGGCGAUCCAGCUCUCCUCCGCCCUAAACUCCGCCGGAGUUUCGUUACCCUCGACGGAGCUCGCGAACUUGCUCGUCUCGCACAUAUGUUGGUCCAACAACGUCCCCAUAGCUUGGAAGUUCCUCGAUAACGCCUUGACGAUGAAGAUCGUCCCCCCGUUGCACGUUCUCGCUCUUCUUUCUGUCAGUGUAAUCCCAAGUCGGCGGUUCUACCCUGGAGCUUACAGGCUUUAUAUGGAGCUCCUUAAAAGACACGCUUUUUCAUUUGUGUCUCAAAUCAAUUGUCCAAAUUAUGAAAAGGUCAUGAAAUCAAUAGAUGAAAUUCUUCAUCUUUCCCAGAUAUUUGCCCUUCCGACAUCUGAACCUGGGCUACUUGUAGUUGGAUUUAUCUUUUCAAUUGUAUGGCAGUUACUUGAUGCAUCACUAGAUGAUGAAGGACUACUGGAGCUUACUGCAGAAAAGAAGUCUAGGUGGCUAACUGGGACACAAGAAAUGGAAAUAGACGGUAAUGGUAAUUUUGAGGAGAAAAGGACUGAACGUCAGGAGGGGAUGCUCAAACUAAAUACCGUUAUGGCUGUUGAGAUAAUUGGAGAAUUUUUCAAACAUAAAGUGACUUCCAGAAUUCUUUACUUGGCACGUCGAAACAUUUGCUCGCACUGGGGAUAUUUCAUUCAACACUUGAGGCUACUUGCUGCAAACUCAUCAGCAUUGACAAGUUCAAAAGAUAUUACCGCUGAUGCUCUUCUACAGUUGACAUCUGAUACACGCCAAGUCCUGUCCCGUAAAUGCAAAACAAGUUCCCAGAAACAGUUUCAUGCUGUAAUAGCUUCUGGGUCACUUGCAUCUCCUGCCAGUCAAUGUCAUGGCACUAGUCGUUCUGCUUUUUGGCUUCCUUUUGACUUGUUUAUGGAAGAUAGUAUGGAUGGAUCUCAAGUGGCAACUACAAGUGCUGUUGAAGUUCUUACUGGUUUAGCGAAGGCUCUUCAGGCUGUCAAUCAAACUACAUGGCAUGAUACAUUUCUUGGCCUAUGGAUUGCGGCUCUAAGGCUUGUUCAGAGGGAAAGGGAUCCCAAUGAAGGUCCUGUACCGCGUCUGGAUACGUGCUUGUGCAUGUUAUUGUCUGUCACAACACUUGCUAUUUUUAGUAUCAUUGAGGAGGAGGAAAUUGCCCUGAGUAAGGAGGUUGAGUGUUGCGCCACCAGUUUAAGGAAAGAGAAAUAUGUUUCGGGAAAGCGCCGCAGGGAUCUAGUUUCCAGCCUACAACAAUUGGGUGAUUACGAAGACUUGUUGGCUCCUCCCUUACCUUUAAUUUCAGUAGCCAAUCAAGCUGCUGCCAAAGCAAUGAUGUUUCUUUCAGGCCUAACAGUUGGGAAUGGAGGAUACCUUGAUGGACUGAGCUUGAAUGACAUGCCAGUGAAUUAUUCUGGAAACAUGAGGCAUCUGAUUGUUGAGGCUUGCAUCGCUAAAAAUCUUUUGGACACAUCAGCAUAUUUAUGGCCUGGCUAUGUAAAAGGCCGCAGCAACCAAAUACCUCAUAGCACUUCUGCUCAAACACCUGGUUGGUCAUCCUUGAUGAAGGGGUCCCCUCUAACACUUCCAAUGGUAAAUGCAUUGGUUUCAACUCCUGCAUCAAGCUUAGCAGAAAUAGAAAAGAUAUAUGAGAUCGCAGUCAGUGGUUCUGAUGAGGAGAAGAUAUCUGCUGCGAAAAUUCUUUGUGGGGCAUCUCUAAUACGCGGUUGGAAUAUUCAGGAACAUACUGUUCUUUUGAUUACAAAACUGCUGUCACCUCCGGUUCCUUCAGAUUACUCUGGAAUCGAGAGUCAUUUGAUAGGUUAUGCUCCAUUUCUGAAUGUUCUCCUUGUGGGGAUAUCGUCUAUUGAUCAUGUUCAGAUUUUUUCCGUACAUGGCGUGGUUCCACAACUCGCAGGUGCAUUGAUGCCAAUCUGUGAGGUCUUUGGCUCAUGUGCACCCAUGGUCCCAUGGACUCUUAGCACAGGAGAAGAAAUCUCUUCCCGUGCUGUCUUCUCCAAUGCAUUCACUCUUCUGCUGAAGCUAUGGAGAUUUGAUCGUCCACCUCUUGAACAUGUUAUGGGAGAUGUGGCUCCAGUGGGAUCUCAACUGACUCCAGAAUACCUCUUAUUGGUGCGCAACUCCCAAUUAGCUUCAUAUGCAAACACACCAAAGGACCAACAUAAAAGCAAGAGAGUGUCGAAAUUUGCAAGCCCGUCUUCGACGGAGCCAAUAUUCAUGGAUUCAUUUCCAAAGUUAAAACGCUGGUACCGGCAGCAUCAAGAAUGUAUGGCUUCAAUCCUCUCUGGUCUCAUACACGGUAGCCCUGUUCAUCAGAUUGUUGAUGGACUGUUGAACAUGAUGUUUAGAAAGGUAAUUAGAGGCAAUCAGCCAGUGACACCUGCAACUUCUGGGAGUAAUAAUUCUUCUGGCGCUGCGGCAGAAGAUUCCUCCUUUAGACUUAAAUUACCAGCUUGGGACAUUCUGGAAGCAGUUCCUUUCGUGCUUGAUGCUUCUCUGACGGCUUGUGCCCAUGGAAGAUUGUCUCCUCGUGAACUUGUGACAGGUCUCAAAGAUCUUGCUGAUUUUCUUCCUGCAUCCUUGGCUACUAUUGUGAGUUACUUUUCUGCGGAAGUGACUCGGGGAAUUUGGAAACCGGCUUUUAUGAAUGGUACUGAUUGGCCAAGCCCUGCUGCAAAUCUAGAGAUUGUUGAGCAACGGAUAAAGAAAAUCUUAGCUGGCACCGGUGUUGAUGUACCAAGUCUUGCUGCAGGAGCGAGUGAACCAGCUACUUUGCCUUUCCCUUUGGCUGCGCUUGUAAGCCUCACAAUAACCUACAAACUAGACCGGACCGCCGAGCGUUUGUUGUUUCUUAUUGGCCCAGCUUUAAUUACGCUAGCUGCCGGUUGUCCCUGGCCAUGUUUUCCCAUCAUGGCCUCCUUGUGGGCUCAGAAAGUAAAGCGUUGGAGCGACUUCCUUAUCUUUGCGGCAUCACGUACCGUGUUCCACCACAAUAUCGAUGUGGUAGAUCAGCUCCUCAGAAGCUGCUUCACCUCCACCCUUGGCCUAAACUACUCUCCCAUCUCUAGCAAUGGCGGUGUGGGUGCCCUUCUUGGCCACGGACUUGGGUCAAACUAUUCCGGCGGGAUUUCUCCAGUGGCCCCUGGAAUACUCUACUUGAGAGUUCAUCGCUCUGUGACGAAUGUCAUGUUCAUGACGGAGGAAAUCGUCAGCCUCCUAUUGCAUUCAGUUAAGGAUAUCGCGAGUUGUGGGGUCCCCAUGGAGAAAAUCAAUAGGUUGAAAACGACAAAUCACAGGAUGAGAUACAGUCAGGUUUCCCUCGCUUUGGCAAUGGAUCGCGUCAAGAUUGCCGCUACUCUAGGGGCUUCCUUAGUUUGGAUUACUGGCGGAUUAAGUUUGGUUCAAUCUUUGAUCAAGGAAACCUUACCCUCUUGGUUUAUUUCAAAUCACAAGUCAGAGAUCGAUGGAGUGGAAUCCCGUGGGAUGGUGGCCAUGUUAAGGGGCUAUGCACUAGCAUACUUUGCAGUUCUUUCUGGUACAUUCGCUUGGGGAGUGGACUCAUCGUCGCCGGCGUCCAUGCGCCGGCAAAAGGUUAUCAAGGCCCACAUGGAAUUCUUGGCCAGUGCACUCAACGGUAAGAUUUCGCUCGGUAGCGAUUGUGCCACGUGGCGGGCUUACGUAUCAGGGUUUGUGAGCUUGAUGGUGGGGUGUACGCCGAUGUGGAUGAGAGAGGUGGAUGUGGAUGUGUUGAAGAGAGUGGCGAAGGGGUUGAAGCAGUGGAAUGAAGAGGAAUUGGCUCUGGCACUGCUUGGGGUUAGUGGCGUAGGUGCAAUGGGUGCAGCUGCCGAAUUGAUUGUAGAAAGUGAGGUUUGAAUGUUACCAGAAAUAAGUAGCCGUAGGAGAAACAAUUAAGUUUAGGUUACAAAAUUUUUUAUUCGUAACCACAAGGAAUAUUGAUAUUUGCACCAUGAACAAACACAAGUUUUCUUGGUGCAUUUGUGGACUUCGUUCUCUGGUUAGCUCUGUACAGAUAACAAAGAUUAAAACUGUGAGACAAUGUUUGAUUUGAUGUUUUGAAGCCUUGUGAAUGAAUGUGUACUGAUUGGGUGAAACUUAAAUUCGGAAAAAUGUAAGUGAACUGUUAUAUAU